GGGUAAAAGCCUAAAAUGGCCACCAUACCCUGCUCACCAUCAUCAUUAACCACCACCACCAUCAUCAUCAUCAUCAGCAGCAGCACCACCACCAUCACCGCCUCAGAAGCCCAUCCCCUAGCGUCCAUCCAGGGAAUGUGCACCCAUAUGCGCAUGGGCGUAGAAACUGCCGCUGUGCGCUGUUAUUAUUGUAAGAGUAAUUUCUUUUUUUUACGAAAAUGGCGACUAGUCAGGGAGGUGUGGGAGCUGUCACGGCUCUACAAAGCCACCACUACUCUGGCGGACCUCACUGGAGCCCGGGAAUCAGCCAGUACCAGCACCAGCAGCAGCACCACACGGCCCGCAGCCUGGACCGGGCUCUGGAGGAUGCCGUGUGCUCGGGGCUGCUGAACCUGAGCGGUAGGAAGCUGAGGGAGUACCCGGGGAUGAGCUACGAUCUGACCGAUACAACACAAGCAGAUUUGUCCAAGAAUCGACUCACAGACAUCCCUCCAGAAGUGUGUCUGUUCGCCCCUCUCGAGUCCCUCAAUCUCUACCACAACUGCAUCAAGUGCAUCCCAGAAGCCAUUAUCAAUCUGCAGAUGCUGACUUAUCUUGACGUCAGCCGAAAUCUCCUGUCAGUUUUGCCAAAAUACUUGUUUAGCCUCCCCCUCAAAGUUCUGCUUGUGAGCAACAACAAGCUGGUGUCCAUCCCCGAGGAGAUCGGCAAGGCCAAAGAGUUGAUGGAACUGGAUGUGAGCUGUAAUGAGAUCCGGGUGCUACCAGCUCAGGUGGGGAGACUUCAUGCCUUGCGAGAACUUAACGUCAGGAAGAAUUGUCUUCACCUGCUGCCUGAGGAGUUGGCGGACUUGCCUCUCAUCCGACUUGACUUUUCCUGCAACAAGAUCACAGAGAUUCCUCCAGCUUACAGGAAACUCAGACAACUGCAGCACAUCAUUCUAGAUAACAAUCCUAUGCAGUCUCCACCCGCACAGAUUUGUCUCAAGGGCAAAGUGCAUAUAUUCAAGUACCUGAACAUCCAGGCGUGUAGGAUGGACAAGAAACCGGACACCCUGGACCUCCCCUCUCUCGGCAAACGUUGCCUUCCACAGCCGCUUACAGAUAGCAUGGAAGAUUUUUAUCCCAGUAAGAACCACGGGCCGGACUCUGGAAUUGGUAGUGACAAUGGUGACAAGAGGCUGUCUACAACUGAGCCUUCAGAUGACGACACUGUCAGCCUGCACUCUCAGGUUUCAGAGACAGCCCGUGCUGAUGCCCUUUCUCUCCUCUCCAAAAUGGAUUGCAAAGAUCAGGAUCUCUAUGACUUUAUAGACCCCAACCCAGAUGAAGAUCCUGCUCUGUCAGAGUGUGACGGGCAGCAGAGCAGUCAUGUGUCUUGUAUAAAGGAACUGGAGAAAGUUCUUAACAUGUCUCAUCAAUGCAAAGAUAAGGAUGGCUGGAAAGAGGAGUCUGGUUCUGAUAAGGAGCAGCUAGUUGAGGAAGAAGAUGAUGAGCUGAAGGAAGUGCUGGAUCUGAGGAAGAUUGCUGUUCAGCUUUUGCAGCAGGAGCAGCAGAACAGACGACGGUCCUUAAUUUGCAGAGCGGAGAGUCUUAUUCACCGACGGAGAGUGACUGGCCGGGCUCACAGAUUCCUAAGUCACUCCGGAAGCUCGGGCAGCAAGCCCAGGCCCCCGCCUCAGACCGCUCGCAGUGCUUCUCUGGAUGAAGGAAGUAGUGGAGCAUCAGUGCUGAGUGGACAGCCUUCUUCAUCCUGCUCCUUUGAUGGCAGCCUGAAGACAGACCAGUCAGAUUCAGAGCCCAUGUGGCCCCAAGUCCCACCCGUUCUCAAUCAGAAUGAAGAACGCAGAAGGAACAAGUACCUGAGAAAAGAUUAUCUCAAGUACAAGUGUCAGAGUGCUCGGAAAAACUCUAGUGGGAAUGACGACUGUGAGGAGGGCUUGCGCAACGUUGAUUUCAGCACCACUCUGACAGUGUUUGGACUAAAACCAAGAUCAGCCUUCACCAAAGGAAACCGCCAGGAGUACAGCUCAACAGACCCCAGCUUCACUAUGAGGAGGAAGAUGGAGCACUUGAGAGAGGAAAUCGAACAGAUAGGACUCCUACGGCAGAACAUUGAGUCCAGACUGAAGGUGUUGCUCCCAGACGAUGUUGGAGCUGCUCUAAUGGAUGGGGUUGUCCUUUGCCAUUUAGCUAAUCACAUUUGUCCUCGGUCUGUCGCCAGCAUCCACGUGCCGUCUCCCGCAGUGCCAAAACUUAGCAUGGCUAAAUGCCGUAGGAAUGUGGAGAACUUUUUGGAUGCCUGUAAAAAGCUGGGUGUCACACAGGACAAGCUGUGUCUGCCCCAUCACAUCCUAGAAGAGCGUGGUUUGGUGAAGGUGGGUGUGACGGUCCAGGCUCUGCUGGAUCUGCCUGAUUCAAAGCCAACACAACUGUCAGCUGUUUGACACAGGCCUGAAUGCUGCAUCCAACCUGCAGUCAUCCAGCCAACCCCUUUCCCCAGCCCGAACCCACACCCCAUCGCCAGGGACCAGGGAGCCCCUUCGGGCAAGGACCCAGUGGCUUGUAGGUGUUUGGGAGUCUGCUUCUGCCUGACUGAAACAGGAGACGGGAGGGGAAAAUCCCUCUGUCUCUUUAUAUGAUGUCAGCCGCCUCCCCAUUUUCUGUCCAUCGCAUUUUCACUUGUAUCCUGUUCCUAGUUACUGGGGUCAUCCUGUAUGUGUGUGGACUAGCAAUGUGUGUGUUUCCUGAGCUGUACAGCACAGACUUGCUAAGGAGAGACAUAAAAGACAGUUGGUCUGCAUAAAGACCUGUAUGUCCGUGUCAACAUGCUCAGUGAUUAUUGAGCCUGUAAGUGCCGGUACUGACAGCAUUUCCAUGCUGGUGUUUGGAGACAUUGGCAGUGAGGAGAUGAAAGACACAAUUCUUAUUCUUUCACCAAAGAGACUUAAGCUGCACGCUGGUCUCGUAGCCACAAAUCAGACUUUAAGGGGUUCUUACACUCUUGAGUUUCUCCUCUGUAAUUUGUAGUGUUUUUUUUUUUUUAUAUCAUGUACCUACUAGUACUGCUAGUUCAGCAGCCACACCUAAGUUAUACUUCAAGUUUUGUUUACAUAUUUGAGCAAUCACAUCUCCACUGCUUUUUGAAGCUGAAAACAAGGCGUGCCUCUGAAAAGUGCGGCAUCUUCGAUUGGAUUUGAUGUUUUUCUGGAAGUCACGCUUCAGUAGACCUCCUGACUUUUUUCCCUUAAACUUUGAAGUCGGUUCAACAUAUUCGAACUUCUGUACAAAUCCAAAGUAAAAAAAAAAAAUCUGCUCGACAUUUGACCACUGUGAGAACAUGCUUGGCUGUGGCCAAAAGCACGACGGUCCUGUUUUGUAGCCUUUUUAUUUAAUUCUACAUGUAAGGUUUCUGUUUUUGAAAGCUAUCCUGUAUUGCAACUUUUCUAAAGCUUUUUCUACUUUCGUUCUAGUCAUUGCCAAUUACCACUUCCCAUAUAUGUGGAGCACAAAGCAGUUAGGAUUUUUAUUACCUUGCAUAACCUCAGAUGAAACAUGUUAAUAAUGUAUGUGUUUGUGGGUGGAGGGGUCUGAGUUAAGGGCCUCUGGAUCAGAAAGGGGCAGUCACUCCUGCAAACCUUCCACACGCACACUUUUGCCAGCCUAUUGUGCAGUAUGCGGUGUCUGAUACAAUUCAUUAUUUCAGGGGAAUUAAAUUAUUAAUAUAUUUAUUAAUUUGUUUUAUAUUUAUGUGUUUUUGCCCUGUGCUUCCUUACCCUGACUACUCAAUUACUCAAACAGCUGGAAGUGUAGCUAUACUGUUCCUCUGUGUGCAUUAUUAGCAGUAGUGACAUCAGUCACACUUGUAUUUUAAAUUGGUUGUACGUGAGAAUUACUCAAUAUGGGAGUUAAAUACAAAUGUGCUCCCAUCAUUUGUCAGUAGAGCUGACAGCAGUGUUGGCAGCAGUAAAGGUACCUGCAUAAGAGUCUUUUUAUGUUGCUGACCUUUAUCAAGAACUGAUCAUGUUCACAAAGGCUUUAUUAAAGGAAUAGGAAUAUCUGCCUAGGAAAUUGUCUAGUCUUAAUCUGCAGUGCUAUUUGUGCUUGUUGUGAAUAGGCUGGCCACAAGAAGUAAUUAAGUUGUUCUUUUUUUGUUGGCUCACAGUUACUCACAACAUGUUAACUGGCAACAUAGGAUUCCAUUCACUACACUAAGCCAACUAGCAGCUGCACUGCCGGUGUUGCACUGGAC